UGGCGAACCUCUCAAAUUCGAGUUGAGAGGGGGAGGAAGAGAGGGAGAAUGGGGGAUAGGAGCGAGGAUGAAUCGGCUGAUCAUGUUCUUGCUCAGCUGGUGGAGAUGGGGUUCGAUCUACAGUCCGCCAUCGACGCCAUUGAAGCUGUGGGUCCUCGUCUCGAUGAUGCCUUGGACCGCAUUCUAAUGGCCUCUCCAUCAUCUAUUCCGAUCGCCAACAAUAUCGAUCCUUAUCCGUCGAUUCCUGUAAUUCAUGAUGACAUCCAUCAAGAGAAGGACUCCGUUUCGCGUUUGCACGGCCCCACCACCGAGAGACCAUCGCCGGAGGCGAAACUGCCACCACCGUCGUCUUCCUCGCCUCGAUGUUCAGAAGAAUGCGAGGCUCUUGAGUCAAAUUGGGAAGCGAGGGCGAACGUUAUUCUGCGCAGGCAUUUUGGGAUACCGGCCCUCAAGGGGUUCCAGAAGCAGGCAUUACAGGCAUGGGUGGACAAUCGAGAUUGCCUUGUUCUUGCGGCUACUGGAUCGGGAAAAUCUCUUUGCUUCCAGCUUCCUGCUUUACUGACCAGUAAAGUUGUUGUAGUUAUCUCGCCCUUGAUCAGUUUGAUGCAUGAUCAAUGCUUAAAGCUUUCUAGGCAUGGAAUUUCGGCUUGUUUUCUAGGAUCAGGCCAGACUGACACUAGUGUGGAGCGAAAGGCCCUGAAUGGCAUGUAUUCCAUUAUCUAUAUUUGCCCUGAGACAGUAUUAAGGCUGAUUGAGCCACUACGCAGGCUAGCAGAAAGACGUGGUAUAGCUCUUUUUGCUGUUGAUGAGGUUCACUGUGUCUCCAAGUGGGGUCACGAUUUCAGACCCGAUUACAGGCGAUUAAGUGCUCUGAGAGAUAAUUUUAGAUCACAUUGCUUGUCUUCUCUUAAGUACGAUAUUCCACUGAUGGCGUUGACUGCUACUGCUACAAUUAACGUCCGCAAAGACAUCAUAAAUUCCUUAUGCAUGUCCCUGGAAACAAGGGUUGUGCUUACCUCAUUCUUUCGGCCAAAUCUUCGUUUUUCAGUUCGUCAUAGUAGAACAUCCAAUUUAUCAUCUUAUGAGAAGGAUUUCCAUGACUUGAUUGGUAAUUAUUCUUCUCAAAGAACAGGUAGAAAUCCAGGAAAGAAAGAAUCCUGCAUUGUUAACCUUCAGAAAAUUAGGAAUUUGUCUGAGAACCCCAUCGAGAAUUCGAACAGAUCAGAUGAUGCCAAUGAUGGUGACAAUGAUGAUGAUGGUGAAAGAUCUUUGACUUAUAGCUACAGUGAUGCUGAACCUGAUGGAUCUGAGCAUGAAGUUAGUUCAUCUAACGAUGCUUCUCUUGAUGAUUCAAGGGAAGAACAGAUGUCAGUUGAAUACCUAGAAGAUGAUCUAGACAUACAUAAUCGCGUCAAUUGCAUGGACGUUUGUGGUGAAUUUGGAGCUCAUUCAACUGCUGGGUCAGAAACAUCUAGGCUUCAUGAAGAGUCUGAGGUUCAUGAUCCUAUAGAGUUAGACAAAGGUCCGACUAUCAUAUAUGUGCCUACCAGAAAAGAGACUAUAAAACUUGCUGCCUAUCUUUCUCAUUCUGGUGUAAAGGCUGCUGCAUAUCAUGCUAAGUUGCCAAAGAAGCAUCUGAGAAAUGUCCAUGAAGGAUUCCAUCAAGGCAAUUUGAAGGUAGUUGUUGCUACUGUAGCAUUUGGAAUGGGGAUCGACAAAUCAAAUGUUCGUAGAAUUAUUCACUAUGGUUGGCCACAGAGUUUGGAAGCAUACUAUCAAGAAGCAGGUCGAGCUGGAAGAGAUGGAAAAUUGGCUGAUUGCACUCUCUAUGCAGACUUGUCAAGGAUACCUACAUUGCUGCCUAGUAAAAGAGACGUGGAACAGACGAAGCAUUCAACUAAAAUGUUGUCUGAUUGUUACAGAUACGGGAUGAGCGCCAGCUGUUGUCGAGCCAAGAUGCUUGUAAAAUACUUCGGAGAAGAUUUGAUUGGCGAUGGAUGCCAUUUGUGUGACAUUUGUGUGGAUGGACCUCCCAAGCUGCAGGAUUUUGGAAAGGAAGCGAAGAUCUUUCUUCAGUCUCUAACUCCAUGUUCAGAUUCUUGGGAUGGUAGGAGUCCCAUGCAUAGAUCUUCAUUUUCCUGUGACAUGAGAAAACACAAGCUGGGGGAAAAGCCAAACAUGAGAAUGGUGAUUGCUAGAAUAAAUGAGCAGCAGGAAGAACUUCCUAAAGAUCAACUGUGGUGGAGAGGUCUUGCUCGCAUUUUAGAAGACAAAGGAUAUGUACAAGAGGGCGAUGAUGUGGUACAUGUAUCCAUUAAGUGCCCGGAAUUGACUGCCCUUGGCUUGCAGUUUGCUCACAUGAAAAUGGAAACGACAUUGUAUGCUUACCCUGAAGCUGACAUGUUGCUGGCCAUGCGGACCAGGCUGUGUAUAUCCAGUGCAUCUGAUUGGGGGCGAGGAUGGGCAGACCCCUUGAUUAGGCAGCAGCGCUUGGGUCAAAAAAGGAAGAGGAGACAGAGGAGACACCAAAGAAAACAACAUCAAGAACUAAGAACUUCUAGAGGAAGGAUUGCAGCAAAGCUAUUUAAAAACAGUCACUAACUAAUGAAACGCGAGGGCUUUUAUCCAAUAAAGAAGGAAUUACAAAUAAGAUAAAUGACACCAUUGGCGCUUGCAGCAAAUUUUUUUAGCAGGUAUAUAAUGUCUUCACUGCUGCAGGCAUAUUAUAGGUAGGGUUUCACUUUGGCCACCCAAUAUUCUUAUGUCAUGCCCAUAAAUUGACCGUCUAUUGCAGUAAUCAAUUGACCAAAGUUUAUCCAAUUAUACAUGGACAAUGUGUGUAUGCACACAUACACUCGUGCACACACCCACACGCAGAGUUUAGUAGAUGAACCUAAACCGAAGUUAGGCCUAUGAAUAAAUGUAGAGUGAUGUUAUAAUGAUACAAUUGAAACUUGACAUGACAUGUCUGGCUAGCUAAGGUAACAAAAGUUGACAUUUUUUCUUUAAAUGUCAUUGACUUGACAGCCAGAUCUUAAAAGGGUAAUAAAUGCUGAGAACGGUGUGAUUA